AUGAAAGAAACCAGACUUACACAAUGACGGAAUGUUUUCUUUGUCUAAGAUUGUCGGUAGUUUACCAAAGGUAUGGCAAUGAAAAUGCACGAAUAUAUCAUGUUAUGAAUAUUUAUGAGUUGCAGUCUGCCAGCCAAUUGAGAUCAGGUGUGCUUUAUUGACGGGUACAUACAAAACAAUUCUGAGUAGCGCACCAGCUCGCUCACUGUGAAUAUGAGAUAAUCCUUUACCGAAAAGUAGACUAGUAUGUUCAUUUCCACCAUAUUGUCUGGGAUUCACAUAGGUCACCGUGACAUCUAUAAAGGCUAACCUUAGGGAAUCUAUUUUUGUAAGACAGGCAUUCAAUACAGGAACAUUUUUCGACUCUGACAUCUCCCCCGAUUGAAGACACCCUGUUUGGCACGGGUGAAGUGUAUCACAGUCUGUCUAGUGGAAUGACAACGUGUUAUCAACACACUACUGAAUUGUCGAAAAUGGACGUUCGUAAACUCCUGUUAAUUCUGACAUCCUUCGUAAUCCUAAUUUAUGUCAUGGAUCUUCUUAGAUUAUUCCAAAUAUCAGCAUCAUCAAAGAAAGUGAUGACACCAAAUCAGCGAUAUGAUAUUGCAAAUAUCGUUGUUACAGAUUCAGGAAGGAUCCCUGAUGACAGAUUCAAUAUGGCGUCUGAAAAUCACCGACGUUCCCAGCUUAAACGUAUUGUUCAUAAGGUAGAUUGCCAACAAAUAAUCGACGGUGAUGAAGAGUACAUAUUACUUGCCAAUGCAACGAUGUAUAAACAGAAUUAUACAUUUCCCACAGACAAGGACAUAGGAGAUAUUGCACAGAAUUGUGAGAAAUUCUUAGGUGUGUACAAUUAUAAAUAUUUCUUCGUAUCGCCUGAAGAACGUGGUUUUCCCAUCGCCUAUUCAAUAUUAACUUAUAAAGAUGCUUUUCAGACAGAGAAACUCCUUCGUGCUAUUUAUCGUCCACACAAUUUAUAUUGCAUACACGUAGACAAGAGUCCAGAUACGGGAUGGUUACUUUACGCCAUGAAAUCCAUAGCUAACUGUUUACCGAAUGUCUUCAUUGCUUCAAAAUUAGAGGAUGUCAUAUACGCCGAAUUUUCUCGACUUAAAGCAGAUUUGAACUGUAUGUCUGAUUUAUUGAAUAAUACUGACGUUAAAUGGCGAUAUGUCAUUAAUCUCCCUUCCCAGGAGUUCCCUUUAAAAACGAACUUAGAAAUCGUCAAAAUUCUCAAAAUAUUUAAUGGGACAAGUAGCGUAGACAGUGACUACGAUAAAAAUACAUUAUAUCGCUACAAAGAAACAUAUACUGUCAAACAUGGCAAAUUGGAGUCGACGGGAAAAAAGAAGGAUCCUCCCCCUUAUGACAUCAUCAUAGGAAAAGGGAUUGCAUACGGUGUGUUCAGUAGGGACUUCGUGAAUUAUUCAAUAAACGACGCCAAAGCCCAGGGUAUUUUGAAAUGGUUAGAAGAUACGUACAGUCCUGAUGAGUCCUUCUGGGCCACGCUAGUAUUUAACAAGCAUCUUAAUGUGCCGGGUGUUAAUGACAGUGACCUUGAAGCGUACUACUACACCUCCAGCGUUCCGUUUCGUUCUGUGCAACGUCCGAUCAGUGGAUUUCGGAGAAGAAAGGAUCACUAGGAUCCAGUACUGUCGUCUGUCGUGUAUGACAAAGGAGAAGCAAUCGAACCAGGGAACUUUGGAUAGCCGUUAACAUCUUAUGGUACUUGGAUCAUGGAGAUUGCCACGGGAAGUAUGUUCGGGACAUUUGCGUUUUCGGCCUUGGUGAUUUGA